GACCACGAAAUGUCAUUGAUUGAUUGAUGAAUUGUUGUGAUGUUUUCAAUUUCUGAAAGUGUGUGAGCAAAAAGUCAUGAAAUGCAUGUUUGAAUAUUUAUUAUUUAUAAUGUAAUCAGCAAGAAAAUGGAACUAAAAGGGUGGUCCAGAGAAUACAGUAUAAAAAUCAACUAUUUUUUGUAAUAGCCAGUUGAUAAUGGUGAUUCCAACGAUGAUUGCUCAGGAUGUUUUGCCAUACGGGCCGAAGGUGACUAAGAAAGUAGACUUGGACGCUCUAUUGCCUUUUGUGAUCUUGCCACUCUUGUUGGUUACUGCUACGAUAUCCAGAUCAGUGACUAUUGUUGUAAUGAUUUUGAUUGGCAUGGGUGCUACAUACGCACAGUCUCGGCCACGGCAUAAAAACAGGUCACCAUUCUUCUACUCCUGGACAUUAUCGUCAGGUGUUUGCAUGUUUCUAGUUUUUGAGCUUGGAAUAUUAAGGUUAUUAGAAAUAACUCAGCUCGAAAACUUUGUGUUUUUGCUUCUGCUAGGGAGCACUUGUUAUUUCUUUUAUAAAAUGAAAGCUGUCGCAGAUUUUGAACUUGCAACUGGAACUUCAAAAGGAAAAGAGUACAGCCCUGUACUGACAUCAGACUCAUAUUAUUGCCAAAUUUGCCAACUAGAAGUCAAUGAAAGGUUCUUUCACUCAAUAUGGUGGGAUUGUUGUGUUCUAAGACCAAACUAUUCUUACUUUUUGGCUGGCCAAGUGUUUGCAUUUGCAACACUUUUAUAUGGAACUAAUUUAGGCCUGACCACUGUUUGUCAGCCGUUUAUCCUCUAUGGUACUAUACUUAUGCCAGAGGACUGCAAUGAUGUGUAUUUUGAUUUUAACCUCGCAAUAUGCUUUGUAGCCUGUGUCUAUGGACUUGGGUACCUCUUAGUCACUGCACUAGUUUUGAUAAGACAGCUUCUCAUUUACAUUCCGAAAUAUAGUGAGCCACAGUGGAGGAAAAUAGUAAAUGUAUUAACAGUAUGAAUAACUCAUUAUAUACUGACUGCAAUGAAGUACAUAUUUAAUCCUUAUGGUAUUUUUUCCAAUGAUUUAGAAAUUAAGUUGAUAUAUUUAUUCUUAGUUGUAUAAGAAUAUUAUUUAGUAUUUAAAAUGUAACCUAAUUUAUAUGUAUGUACUUAUAAAGAGUAAAUACUAAAUGAAUUAUGAAAUAAAAUUGAACUGAUUUUCUGUUUUAAAAUUGUAUUAUUAAUUAUAAUGUAUUGUAGGUACUGUAUGGCAUUCUUUUUCUAGCACACAUGAAUUUUGACAGUACAUAUUGGUUUAAUCAAAGUGUAGUGCAUAAAUGAGAACUGACUCAACAUUUUUGCUCUAUGGGUCACUGUCAUGUGAAAAGUAUGGUUUACCCUUCUUCUUUACUUGAUUGGUGGCUUUUUGUAGUGCCAACCCAGCAUAAUGCCCUUCGCCAAUGUCGAGUAGCUUGAGCGGUUUACCCUUACAAUAAGGUGGCUAAAAUCGUACUUUUGACAUGACAGUAGACACAGCAAUAAUGCCGAGUGAGUUCUCAAAAAGUACAUUUGAAUGGAAAGCUUAGAAAAUGCUUCUUUUUUCCUUCAAUAAAACACGAAAUUCUGA